GGAGUCAAUUUGCCUUGAGCCUUUCUUCUCUUGAGAAGCUUUGAGAAGGGGACUUGCAGAGUUUGGACAAGAGUUCCCGACACGGCAGCUGAGCUGAGCUCCUUCAUAACUUCAGAACAAGAGUGUGAGAAGCUCAGAAGGUCCAACAGGGCGGUGGAGGUCACGCGCACUGAAUCGGAACGUUGAAGGGAGCGAGAGCAUCUUUGACAGCAUCUAAACUUUUCCACCGCUUUUCUCCUAUUUUUUUUAAAGGAAGACAAUAUUGGCUUUUUCAUCACUAUCUUGUUACUGUUUUUAGCGAGCCAAUGUCUCUCCCUUUACCCCAAGAUUCAUCUUGAGGUUCUGAGCGGAGACACAAACUAUCACAACUUUGUUGGCGACGCGUCAUAGACCGUUCGGUCUGAAAAUGGGCAUCAAGCGUGUGCCAUUGUUGCUUGUGCAGGUACUUCUCCUGGUGGCUGUGUCCUCCGGGCAGAACACGGGGACCGAAGGGACAAAAGAGGAGAUCCCAGAAGGAGCGUCCACCCUGGCGUUCGUCUUUGAUGUCACCGGCUCCAUGUACGAUGAUCUCGUGCAGGUUAUUGAGGGGGCAUCCAAGAUUUUGGAGAUGUCGCAGAGUAGAACAAAGAGACCCCUCUACAACUAUGCAUUGGUUCCGUUCCACGACCCGGAAAUAGGACCGGUAACCAUCACAACGGAUCCAAAGAAGUUUCAGUUUGAACUGAGGGAGCUGUACGUCCAGGGAGGUGGAGACUGCCCAGAAAUGAGCAUUGGCGCCAUCAAGAUCGCCCUGGAGAUCUCCCUGCCAGGGUCCUUCAUUUACGUCUUCACAGAUGCCCGAUCCAAAGACUACAAGCUGACCCAGGAGGUCCUGCAGCUCAUCCAGCAGAAACAGUCUCAGGUGGUGUUUGUGCUGACAGGGGACUGUGAUGACCGGGCUCACAUUGGGUACAAGGUCUAUGAAGAGAUCGCCUCCACCAGCUCUGGACAGGUGUUCCACCUGGACAAGAAACAAGUCAACGAGGUGUUGAAAUGGGUGGAAGAGGCAGUGAAGUCAUCCAAGGUCCACCUGCUGUCCACUGACCACUACAACGGGGUCAGCAACACCUGGCCGAUCCCCUUUGACCCCAGCCUGAAGGAGGUCACUGUGGCACUCAGCGGCCCUGCACCUGACAUCGAGAUACGCAACCCCCAGGGGAAGCUCGUCGGGAAGAGCGAUGGUCUGACGGAACUCCUGCACAUUCCUAACUCUGCCAGGGUCAUCAACAUCAAGGACCCGGAGCCUGGAAUGUGGUCCAUUAAGGCGUCUAGCGAGGGCAGACACUCAGUCCGGAUCUCAGGAGUCAGCACCAUCGACUUCCGGGCCGGAUUUUCCAGGAAGCCCACUCUGGACUUCAAGAUGACCUCUAGCCGGCCGGUUCAAGGUAUUGCCACUUACAUCCUGCUGAACACCACAGGGCUGUUCCAUCCGGCACGAGCUGAUAGGCUGGAGCUUGUAUCAAUCACAGGCGGUGUGAUUAAGACCCUCCCGGUGCGGUACUAUCCCAACACUGGGACGGGAAGUCCCCUGACAGGAACCAUCUGGAACAUCACAGAGUUUGUCCCGCCGAAAGAGGCCUUCUUCCUGCGGGUCACAGGUUAUGACAAGGACGGCUUCCUGUUCCAGAGGGUCUCCAGUGUGUCAUUCUCCAGUAUUGUUCCUGAUGCACCUAAGGUUGUGAUGCCCCCCACCACCCCGGGGUACUACCUGCAGAGAGGGACCAUCUCCUGCCAGGUAGACAGCCUCAUCCCCUUCACCCUGCGCUUCACCAGGGAGGGGAAAAGCCUGGGUGUCGAUCAGCUCUUCAGGGAGUCAGCCAAUGCGUUGUGGGAGCUGGCCCAGGUGACUCUGAAGGAUGAAGGCUUCUAUGAGUGCAUCGCCAUCAGCAACGCUGGGACAGGACGCGCCCGAACCUUCCUGGAUGUCUCAGAGCCCCCCCCUGCAAUCACAGUGGGCGGUAAUGUGACAGCGACUCCAGGUUCCAGUGCUGUUCUGACCUGCCAUGUGGCCAGUACGGUCCAGUUCAACCUGACCUGGCACAGAGGGGGUGUGGACGCCCGGCUGGACCCCCGCCGGCGCCCCCUGGCCAACCUCUCCCUGGACAUACACUCCGUUGGCCCCGACGACGCCGGCUGGUACGAGUGUGUUGCCACCAACGAGGGAGGAGUUUCAACCGAACGCAUCUACCUCAUCGUGCAAGAGCCCCCCCAGGUGUCAGUGGACCCCCGGCACCAGACCUUUACCACGGGACAGGAAGUGAGGAUCAGGUGCUCGGCCAGAGGUUACCCCGCCCCCCACCUGGUCUGGACACACAACGACAUGUUCCUCAUGGGUUCCAGCAGACACAGAAUGACCCCUGAUGGGAGUCUGAUCAUCAGGAACAUGGAACAGAAGGAUGCUGGGGUGUACGGCUGUCUGGCCAACAACCUGGCUGGGACAGACACUCAAACAUCCGUCCUCACCUAUAUCGAGUCCCCUGUGGUGAUCGUGGUGCUGAGUGAGAUUCUGAUUGGUCUAGGAGAAACCGCCAUCUUGGCAUGCUCCGCCUCAGGGAUCCCCCAGCCGGAGAUCAGGUGGUUCAAAGGCGACCUGCAGCUGCGGCCAUCCUCCUACAUGGACAUUGACCCCCUGGGAGGGACUCUGACGAUCAAGGAGACACAGGACGUUGACGCGGGGGACUACACCUGUGUGGCUGCGAACCCUUCAGGAACCUCCUCACCUGGGAAGAUCACCCUGGAUGUAGGAUCUGCACCCCAGUUCACCAGAGAACCGUCUGACGUGGCGGCGGACAUUGGCUCUAACGUGACCCUGCCGUGCCACGCGCAGGGGUACCCCGAACCCCAGAUCACCUGGAGGAGGGAGGACAACGCACCCGUCUUCACCAGACGCCCCACACACAGCACCAUCACACAGAAGACUGGAGGGGACCUGCAAAUCAGUAAUCUGUGGGUGGAGGAUGAGACGGUGUAUGUGUGUGAGGCCCAGAACCAGUUUGGGAGGAUCCAGACCCACGCCAGAGUCACUGUCACCGGACUGGUGUCCCCGGUGAUUGGCCACAGUCCGGGGGUGCUGAAUGUGAUCAAGGAGCAGCAGGUGACUCUGCCUUGUGUGCUGCUGGCGGGAAACCCCCUACCUGAGAGACGCUGGCUACACAACCACGGCCUGGUGAGCUCCAGCCCGUAUGUGACGGUGCGUAGAGACGGCAGCCUGCAUAUAGAACACGUUCGUCUGGAGGACGGAGGAGAAUACACCUGCCUGGCAGAGAACGUGCUGGGCUCCAGCAACCGCACCACCACCGUCAACAUCUAUGUGAUGCCUACCAUCCAACAUGGCCCUCAGGUCUUCAGUACCAUAGAGGACACCCCCAUCUCCCUACCCUGUCGUGCCGACGGAGUGCCCACGCCCGACAUCACCUGGUCCAAGCGAGGGGAGCUGUUGAACGUCGGUGGUCUGUCCUUCUCUCUGGGGUCUGACGGCAGCCUCCACAUCACCUCGCCCACCGGGGAAGAGUCUGGGGAGUUUGUCUGCACUGCAACCAACGCAGCCGGCUACAGGUCCAAGAAGGUCCAGCUCACUGUCUACGUGCGUCCCAGGCAGAGCGUGGGCUCUGGAGGGGUGGGGAGCAACGGUGGGGCCCUGGAGGUGUCUGUCAUCGAGGGAGAGGACGUGACCCUGCCCUGUGAGGUCCAAAGUAUCCCCCCUCCAAUCAUCACCUGGGCCAAGGAGAAACAGCUCAUCUCCCCCUUCUCACCCAGACACACCCAGCUGCCCUCUGGUUCCAUGAAGAUCCUGGAGAGCCGGGUGUCAGACAGUGGUCUGUACGUGUGUGUGGCCUCUAACAUCGCAGGCAACUUCACCCAGAACAUUCUCCUCAGUGUCCUCGUGCCCCCCAGUAUCCAAGCUGGCCCGAGGGUGUUGAAGGUGCAGGUGGGGCAUCCUGUGGAUCUUCCCUGCGUGGCACGGGGGGUUCCACAGCCCUUCUUGGCCUGGCUGAAGGAUGGCGCCGCCCUGGUGGUGGACGGGACACAGUACAGGACAUCCCCCGAUCGCUCUCUGACCUUAGGCCAGGUGGGGCUGGGUGAUCAAGGGACUUACACCUGCCUGGCCACCAGCAUCGCUGGAAGAGACCAGGCCAACGUACAGCUGCAGGUGCAAGUUCCCCCCGUGGUUGAUGUCCUGGAGCCCCCCUUCAACAGCCCCCACCAGGAGAGAGUAGCCAACCAGCGCAUCGCCUUCCCCUGCCCAGCCAAAGGCACUCCUACCCCCGUGAUAAAGUGGUUGCGUAAUGGUCAGGAGCUGACAGGGAACGAGCCCGGUCUGACCAUCAUGGAGGAUGGAACCCUUCUCAUCCUGGCAUCGGUGUCUCAGCUGGACAAUGGAGAGUAUGUCUGCACUGCCGCCAACGAGGCUGGCACCACCCAGAAGAAGUACCAGCUCAAAGUCAACGUGCCCCCAGAUCUCCGUGACAACGGGGCGCCGGGCAACGUGUCGGUGGUUCUGAACCAGCCCACCAACCUGGUGUGUGAUGUCAUAGGAAGUCCCGUUCCCGUCAUCACCUGGUACAAGGAUGGCGUUCCUGUGGUUCCCAGUAGCAGUGUUCAGAUCUUGCAGCAGGGGAAGACCCUGAGGCUAUUGAAGGCCGUCAUGGCAGACGCAGGAAGUUAUAGCUGCAAGGCCAUCAACAUCGCAGGAAGUACAGAGAAGGACUUCCUCCUGGAAGUGCUGGUCCCCCCCACCAUCGUAGGGACCGGCUCCCCUAGGGAUGUGUCGGCAGUGCUCAACCAGGAGAUCAGUCUGGACUGUAAGGUCAAAGGAACUCCCUUUCCCACAAUCCAGUGGUACAAAGACAGGAAACUGGUGUUCCUAGGUGACCCUAACAUAGAGGUCAGCAACAAGGGCCAGACAUUGAAAAUAAAGAGUGCUCGUCUUGGAGACCAGGCACGCUACCAGUGUAGUGUCACCAACGCGGCGGGCAAACAGACCAAAGACUUCAACCUCAGUGUCUACGUCCCUCCCACUAUAAAGGGUGGUAACGUGACCUCAGAGGUCACCGCCCUCCUGGAUACCGUAGUAACGCUGGAGUGUGAGGCGCGCGGCGUUCCGCUCCCCGCCAUCACCUGGUACCGUAACGGAGAUGCCAUCCUGUCCAGCCACCAGGCGCAGUACGUGGACCGAGGUCACUUCCUGCGGAUCCCACGCGCCCAGGCGUCUGACACUGGUCAGUUCAGCUGCAGGGUCACCAGUGUGGCGGGCACUGCAGAGAAGAACUUUGAGCUGGACGUUUACCUUCCUCCUUCCAUCGAGGGGGGGCAGGACACCGUUACAGAGAGAAAGGUGGUACUCACUAAGCCCCUUACCCUGGAGUGUGAGGCAGGGGGGCACCCUCCACCCACCCUGACAUGGUUGAAGGACGGCGUACCUGUCCGGAAUGGGGAGAGCAUCAACAUUCUGGAGCAAGGCCGGAAAAUCGAGAUCCUCUCUGCUUCUGUGUCCGACGCAGGCCGCUAUGUCUGCGUGGCAACCAGCGUUGCCGGGGAGAAGGAGAUCAACUAUGAUGUCAGUGUCCUAGUUCCCCCUGUGGUGGAGGGAGGGGACGAGGUCACAGACACCACGGUCAUCAUCAACAACCUCCUGGAGCUAGAGUGUCGUGCCACGGGAACACCUUCACCCAUCUUCACGUGGUUUAAGGACGGUCAGCCGGUCAGGCAGGGUGAGGGGGUGAGGGUCACGGCUAACGGCCGUCGGCUGGUCAUCUCUCGGCCCCAGGUCUCGGACACGGCACGCUUCCAGUGUGUGGCAAGCAACGAGGCCGGAGACCAUAAGAGGGACUUCAAUGUGGCCGUCCAAGUCCCUCCAUCCAUCCGCUCCACCGGUCCCUCUGAGAGGUCCGUGGUCCUCCACAAGCCCAUCAGCCUUCAGUGUGUUCCCAGUGGCACCCCUCUCCCCAGCAUCACCUGGCUCAAAGAUGGCCGCCCUGUGGACACCGCCCAGGAGUACCUGAAGUUGGAGUCGGCCGGUAGGACACUGCAUAUCACGGAAGCCAGAAUAGAGGAUGCUGGGAGAUAUACAUGUGUGGCAACGAACGCAGCAGGAGAGACCCAGCAACACAUCCGCCUCAGUGUCCAUGAGCCUCCAAGCGUCCCUUCUUCUGGAGAGACCUUCAAUGAGACCAUCAUAGCAGGCUACCCCAUCCAGCUGGAGUGCAAGGCCACAGGGAGUCCAGUUCCUGCCAUUACCUGGUACAAGGACGGUCGACCUCUAACCAGCGCAGCCGGGGUGACCAUCCUGAAGCGCGGUCAGCUGCUGGAGAUCGACCGUACUCAGCUGUCCGACGCCGGGCUGUACCGGUGUAUAGCAGUCAACGUGGCCGGAACCUCAGAACUCUCUCACAGGCUGCAGGUGUACGUGCCCCCUGCCAUCUCCAGCCGCAGUGCCAUGGUGACGGUGGUGGUGAACGACCCUGCCAGGCUGGAGUGUGAGGCCACCGGCGUUCCUCUGCCAAGUCUCACCUGGCUCAAAGAUGGCAGCCCUGUUGCCAGUGUCUCCGAUGGCAUACAGGUGUUGUCCGGUGGUACAGUGCUGUCUCUCAGCAGUGCCCAGGUCAGUGAUACAGGGAAGUACACCUGUGUGGCCGUCAACGCAGGAGGAGAGCAGCAGAGAGAAUACGACCUGCGGGUGUACGUGCCACCCAACAUCAUGGGUGAGGAGGUGAAUGCCACUGUAAUGCUGGGUCGCUCGGUAGAGCUGCGUUGCCAGAGUGACGCGAUCCCUCCUCCCACUCUGUCCUGGCGCAAAGAUGGCCGCCCGCUCUUCAGGAAGCCAGGACUGACCGUGUCGGAGGAUGGGAGUGUGCUGAAGAUUGACAGUGCUCAGGUGCAGGACUCCGGCAGAUACACCUGUGAGGCAACCAAUAUCGCUGGCAAGACUGAGAAGAACUAUAACCUCAAUGUCUGGGUCUCUCCCAGUAUCCGGGGUUCAGAGGAUGUGUCUCCCAUGACAGUGAUUGAGGGAAGUCUGAUCACUCUUGUGUGUGAGUCCAGUGGCAUUCCACCUCCCAGCCUCACCUGGCGCAAGAACGGUUCAGAGUUGAAGUCGGACUCGAGGGUCCGGGCCCUGUCGGGGGGUCGUCAGCUACAGAUCUCCGGUGCUGAGAGGACAGACUCCGCCUCUUACACCUGCACCGCCUCCAACGCCGCCGGCAACACAGCCAAGGAGUACAGCCUGCAGGUGUAUGUCCGCCCUUCCAUCAGACGCAGUGAGGGGACCGCAGGAAAUGACAUCACCAUGACGAGGGGAGGAGACAUCACGCUGCAGUGCGAGGCCGACGGCGUGCCCCGCCCAGCGGUCACAUGGCUGAAGGACGGUAGACCAAUCACAGGCCAGCGUGGGGCUCAGGUGCUAAAUGAGGGGCGGCUCCUACAAAUCAAGGACGCCAAGGUUUCGGACACGGGGCGCUACACGUGUGUGGCGGUGAAUGUGGCGGGACAGGCUGACAGCAAGCAUGAUGUCAACGUACACGUCCCCCCCAGUAUCAGCGGUCAGACCCAGGUCCCAGAGAAUGUGAGUGUGGUGGUGAACAACCCUGUGGUCCUGACCUGUGAGGCCUCCGGCAUCCCUCUUCCUGCUAUCACCUGGCUGAAGGACGGACGGCCAAUCAGAGCCUCCAGCUCUGUCCGCGUCCUCUCAGGAGGGCGGAGCCUUCGUCUGAUGCACGCAGCAGUGGAGGAUGCUGGGAGAUACAGCUGCAUUGUGUCCAACACGGCCGGAGAGGAGAGGAAGAACUUUGACCUGGACAUCCUGGUCCCCCCUAGCAUUGUGGAUGAAGGCACGGUGCAGGAUGCCAAGGUCAAGGAGAAACACAACGUGACACUGACCUGUGAGGUCGCAGGUAACCCAGUGCCGGAGAUCACCUGGCUGAAGGACGGACAGUCGUUAGGGACAGACAGACGUCACCAGGUGUUGACUCACGGACGGUACCUCCAGAUAUCUGGUGCCCAGGUGGAUGACACGGGCAGGUACAGCUGCCUGGCACACAACAGAGCAGGAGACCGCAGCAGACACUUCAACCUCAAUGUACUGGUGUCUCCCACCAUCGUGGGCUCAGGUCCCGAGGGUUCGGCUGAAGAGGUGACGGUCACCCUGAGUAGCCCCACGUCUCUGGUGUGUGAGGUGCAGUCCUACCCCCCUGCCCUCAUCACAUGGCUCAAGGAUGGGACGCCGUUCGAGUCCAGCCACAACGUUCGAGUGCUGCCAGGUGGGCGGACCCUGCAGAUCCUGAACGCCAAGGAGGAGGAUGCUGGGAGGUACACCUGUGUGGCCACUAAUGAGGCUGGAGACAGCCUGAAGAACUACGAGGUCAAAGUUUACAUUCCUCCCCAAAUCAAUAAGAAUGAUGUCCCAGGUGAGGGGCUGGCCCCCAAAGAGGUCAAGAUAAAGGUCAACAACACUCUGACCCUGGAGUGUGAGGCUCAGGCCAUCCCUACACCCUCACUGCAAUGGUACAAAGACGGACAGGUCCUGAGGGCAGAUGACCAUGUGACAAUUAAUGCCAACGGUCGUAUUGUCAGGAUCAAACAUGCUCAGGUGUCCGACACUGGACGCUACACCUGCGUAGCAACCAACAUCGCCGGGGAGGACGAGAAGGACUUUGAUAUAAAUAUACAAGUCCCUCCUAGUUUCCAGCGUCCCGGGGGGGUGGGAGAUACCACCUCGACACCAGGCACUGGGGGUGAUGUUAAGGAUGUGAUACUAAACAGCCCUAUUUCUCUGUACUGUGAGACCAACGCUGUUCCCCCACCCACACUCACCUGGUACAAAGAUGGACACCCAAUGGCCUCCAACGAAAACGUGCUCAUCAUGCCUGGUGGGCGAGUGCUGCAGAUCCCCAGGGCUCAGGCUGAGGAUUCUGGGAGGUAUACGUGCUUGGCGGUGAAUGAGGCGGGAGAGGACUCCAUCCAGUAUGACGUCAGAGUGCUGGAGCCCCCCUCAAUCCGCGGGGCGGACCGGGACCUACCUGAGGAGAUGGUGAUCCAGGUGAAUAAGACCACAGUGUUGGAGUGUCAAGUGGACGGAAGUCCCACCCCUAAAAUCACCUGGCUGAAGGACAGUCAGCCAAUAAGCCCUAAAGGACCCCACAGACUACUUUCCAAUGGACGCUCCCUGCAGGUGGUGAAUGCCCAGGUGACAGACACAGGCCACUAUGUGUGUGUGGCUGAUAACCUGGCGGGAAGCGCAGAGAAAUCCUUCAAUCUCAACGUCCAUGUCCCCCCCACCAUAGUGGGAGCUAACCCAGAGAACGUGACUGUGGUGGUGAAUAACUUUGUGUCUCUGACUUGUGAGGCUACCGGGUUCCCCCCUCCCUCUCUGAGCUGGGUCAAAGACAGGGGUCCUGUACAGGCCAAUACCAACGCACUCAUCCUGCCAGGUGGACGCACCCUGCAGAUUCUGAGGGCUAAGAUGUCUGACGGGGGGAUGUACAGCUGUGUAGCCAUGAACCCCGCUGGAGAGGCCAGGAAACUCCUCCACCUCACUGUGUUUGUCCCUCCCAGUAUCAGAGACAGCAGUGGGGACUCUCCUGUGGUGGUGAGUGUGCGUGUGGGCAACUCAGUGACUCUGGAGUGUGAGUCCAACGCUGUGCCCCCUCCCACCAUCACCUGGUACAAGAACGGUCGGAUGGUGACAGAGUCUGCCAACCUCCGCAUCCUGGCACAGGGACAGAUGCUGGAGCUGAAGGGGGCAGAGGUGUCUGACACUGGCCAGUACGUCUGCAAGGCCACCAACGUGGCCGGACAGGUGGACAAGAACUUCCACCUCAACAUCUAUGUGCCCCCCAGUAUAGACGGUCCAGUGGAGGAGAAGAUAGUGGAGACCAUCAGCAACCCUGUCACCUUUGCCUGUGACGCCACGGGCAUCCCCCCUCCCAGCCUCAUCUGGCUCAAGAACGGUCGGACCAUAGAGAACUCAGAGUCUCUGGAGCUGCACAUCCUGUCUGGAGGCAGUAAGCUCCAGAUCGCCCGCUCCCAGCUCUCAGACUCUGGCACCUACACCUGUAUGGCUUCCAACGUGGAGGGCAAGGCUCGAAAGAGUUACCACCUCACCAUACAAGUCCCUCCCAGUAUCUCAGGUUCGGAGAUGCCCAGUGAGGUGGGGGUGCUGCUGAAUGACAGCGUCCAGCUGGUGUGUCGCUCUCAGGGAACACCACCCCCCUCCAUCCAGUGGCUGAAGGACGGCAAGGCCCUCAAGGCAGGAUCCAGGGGACUCAGGAUCAGUGUAGAUGGCAGCACUCUGACUGUGUCUGGAGCUCAAACCUCUGACAGUGGGAAGUACAUCUGUGUAGCCACCAACAAGGCUGGAGAAGAGGACCGGAUAUUCAACCUCAAUGUCUAUGUGCCUCCUGUGAUCAAGGGGAACAGUGAUACGGCUGUGGAUUUGACCACCGUUCUGGACAGCUCCAUCAACAUAGAGUGUGUUGCCGUGGGCUCCCCUCCACCUCAGCUCAACUGGCUGAAGAACGGACUGCCUCUCCCUGUCUCCUCACAGAUACGCCUGCUCUCUGCCGGACAGGUGCUCAGGAUUGCGAGGGCUCAAGUCUCAGACGGCGGCACCUUUACCUGUGUGGCGUCCAACAGGGCUGGUGUGGACAACAGGCACUACAACCUACAGGUUCACGUUCCUCCCAGCCUGGACGGGGCGGGCAGUAAGGAGGACGUGACGGUGGUGAGAGGGAACCUGGCCUCCCUACUAUGUAUAGCUGAUGGAACUCCAAGCCCCUCCAUGUCCUGGCUGAGAGAGGGGGAGGCCUUGGUCCCUGGACCCCAUGUCAAGCUGCUCAAUGUGGGCACCACGGUACAGAUCAUCCAGGCCAGGGUGGAGGAUACGGGACGCUACACCUGUGUGGCAAGAAACAGCGCUGGCCAUGCCAGCCGACACUUCCACCUCAAAGUACUGGAUCCCCCUCGUAUCAACGGUUCGGGCGUGGCAGCGGAGGUGUCUGUGGUAGUGAACCAUGUUCUGGAGCUGCUGUGUGAAGCCACAGGUAUCCCCGCCCCCACCCUCACCUGGAUGAAGGACGGACGGCCGCUCCCCCAGACAGACAGCCUGCGCGUCCUCAGAGGAGGGGAGGUGCUCAGGAUCUCCUCCCCACAGCUGGAAGACACAGGGAGGUACACCUGUCUGGCCAACAGUCCUGCAGGAGACGACGAUAAAGAGUUCCUGGUUCGCGUGCAUGUUCCCCCUAACAUCGCUGGGGAGAGCACGCCACAGAAUGUGUCAGUGCUGCAGAACAGACAGGUGACUCUGGAGUGCAAGUCAGAUGCUGUCCCUCCCCCAGCACUCACAUGGCUCAAAGACAACAAGCCACUCCUGGCCUCCCCUCGUGUGCGUAUACUGUCCAAUGCGCGUUACCUCCAGAUCAACAUGGCUGAGCUGGGGGAUGGAGCUCAGUACACCUGUGUAGCCAGCAACAUCGCUGGCAAGACCACACGACAGUUCAACCUGGCUGUUAAUGUUGCUCCCACCAUAGCAGAGGGCCCUCUGACUGUAGCCGUCCACAUAGACCAGCCUGUAGUGUUGGAGUGUAUCGUGAGUGGAGUGCCCGCCCCCCGCGUCACCUGGAGGAAACAUGGAGCCAUACUGGCAGGAACCAACCCCAGGUACAUGUUUGCUGAGGAUGGCUCGCUCCACGUCCCCUCAGCCCAGGUGACUGAUACAGGACGGUAUCUGUGUAUGGCCACCAACCAGGCUGGGACACAACGCAAGAGAGUCGACCUGCAAGUCCACGUUCCCCCCUCUAUCUCCCGCGGUCCCACCAACAUAACCGUGACAGUGAACGUUCAGACCACCCUCUCCUGUGAGGCUACGGGCAUCCCCAAGCCCACGGUCAGCUGGACCAAGAACGGUCAAACACUCAACACAGACCACAACCAGAAUAUGUACAGGUUACUGUCGUCAGGUUCUCUGGUGGUCAUAGCGCCCACAGUGGAGGACACAGCUGAGUAUGAGUGUGUGGUGUCUAACGAGGCAGGGGAGGAGGCCAGAGCCAUACAGCUCACUGUCCAGGUUCCUCCCUCCAUAGCGGAUGAAGCCACAGAGCUGGUGGUGACCAGACUGUCCCCGCUGGUGAUUAGCUGUACUGCGUCAGGAGUCCCAGAGCCCAUACUGCACUGGAGUAAAGAUGGGAUGAAACUCCCCAAGGAGGGGAACGGAUACAGCAUCCUGUCCUCAGGUGCAGUAGAGAUCACGUCUUCUGAGCUGAGUCACUCUGGUCGUUAUUCCUGUGUGGCCAAGAACGCUGCAGGCUCCGCCCAUCGCCAUGUCCAGCUCACUGUACAGGAGGUGCCAGUGAUCCGGGUCCACCCCUCCACUAUGGAUGUGAUUGUUAACAACCCCAUCACCCUCCCCUGCAGAGCUACUGGCUCCCCUCUUCCCACCAUCACCUGGCAGAAAGAGGGCAUCAACAUCCCCAGCACCGGAGGUGUCUUCACCGUGCUGCCUAGCGGUGGGCUGCAGAUCUCCAGGGCUGCUGUGCUAGACUCAGGAACAUAUAUGUGUGUGGCCCAGAACCCUGCUGGCACCGCUCUGGGCAAGACCAAACUCAGAGUACAAGUCCCUCCAGUGAUCAGCUCCCAGACCCAGAGUUACCUGGUGCCCCUGGACUCCUCUGUCACCAUGCUGUGCCAGGCUGAAGGCUCUCCCUCACCCUCCAUGGCCUGGCAUAAAGACGGGCAGCCUCUCAGCGAGUCUGUGCGCCAGCGGGUCCUGAGCUCAGGGUCUCUGCAGAUAGCAUUCGGCCAGCCCGGGGACACGGGUCGAUACACCUGCACAGCAGCUAACGCAGCUGGCACCAGCAGUCUGGAGAUGAGCCUAACUGUACAGAUCCCUCCCUCUAUCCGUAGAGGGGAGUCGGAGGUGUCUGUGGUGGAGAACAGCCAGGCCCAGAUAGCGUGCGUGGCAGAAGGGGUCCCCCAGCCCACCCUGUCCUGGGAGAAGGAGGGGUCCCCCCUGAGCGACACCUCUGGAGAGUACACCAUCCUGCCUUCUGGGGAGCUGGUCAUCGACAUCGCUCAGCCUGAUGAUGAGGGCAGCUACACCUGUGUGGCCACCAACACAGUAGGUCAGGACAGCUGGACGGUCAGUUUGUCCGUCCACACCCACCCUGCCUUCACUGAGCUGCUGGCAGACAUGGCCCUCAACAAGGGAGAGCGCCUACUAAUGGCCUGUGGGGUCACCGGCAUCCCCCCUCCUAAAAUCACCUGGGCCUUCAACAACAUCAUCAUCCCAGCUCACUAUGACCAUGUGAAUGGACACAGUGAGCUGGUCAUCGAGCGGGUUACCAAAGACAACUCGGGAACCUACUCCUGCAUUGCUGAGAACAGUGUAGGAACCAUCAAGUCCCUGGGCUUUGUCUACGUCAAAGAGCCCCCGAUCAUCGACGGAGACUUCCACUCCAACCGAAUCGAGCACCUGGGGGGUAAUGCCAUCCUAAACUGUGAGGUACGAGGAGACCCCCUGCCCACCAUCCAGUGGAGCAAGAAGGGUGUCAACAUCCAGAUCAGCAACCGUAUCCACCAGCUGGACAACGGUUCUCUGGCCAUCUACGGCACCGUGAAUGAAGAUACAGGGAACUAUAUGUGUGUGGCCACCAACGAUGCUGGGGUGGUGGAGAAGAGUGUCACUCUCACCCUGCAGAGCUCUCCCUCUAUCACAGUAGAGCCGAUAGAGACGGUGGUAGACGCUGGUACCACGGUGCUACUGAACUGCCGGGCGGAAGGGGAGCCCACUCCUGUCAUCGAGUGGUCCCGCCAGGGGAGCCCUCUCCUGGGCAACGAGCGCUUCACCACCCUGUCCAACGGCUCUCUGAGGCUGACCAGCGCCCAGAAGGAGGACACGGCCGAGUACCAGUGUGUGGCCAGGAACCUCCUGGGUUCUGUGCUGGUCAGAGUCACUCUCACUGUCAGAGUGCACGGAGGGUUCUCAGAGUGGAUGGAGUGGGGCCCCUGCAGUGUGUCCUGUGGUGUCGGGACCCAGCGGAGGCUGAGGCAGUGUAACAACCCCCUGCCUGCCAACGGGGGUCGCCACUGUACCAAUUCAGACACAGAGACACGCAGCUGCCAGGGCAAGCCCUGUCCAGUGAAUGGUAACUGGUCAGAGUGGUCGUCGUGGGAAGAGUGUUCUCGUACCUGUGGCCAGGGCAACAGGACCAGGGUGCGCACCUGCACCAACCCCUCCGUGCAGCAUGGGGGCAGACCCUGUGAGGGCAAGGCAGUGGAGGCCAUCAUGUGUAGCAUCAGGCCCUGCCCUGUGGCAGGUAACUGGGGGGCGUGGUUGCCAUGGAGCUCAUGCAGUGAGACGUGUGGUAAAGGAAUGCAGACCAGAGUGCGUCUGUGUAACAACCCCCCUUCCUCAUUCCACGGGCCACCGUGUGAGGGCCCCGACACACAGACACAACUCUGCAAGGAGAGACACUGUCCUGUGGAUGGGAAGUGGUCAUCGUGGGUGAGCUGGGGGGCCUGCAGUGUCUCCUGUGGGGGUGGAACCAGACAACGGACACGCCUCUGUGCCAGCCCCGCCCCGCAGCACAGGGGCAGGCAGUGUGAGGGUAACGACGUGCACAUCGACUUCUGCAACAGUGACCCGUGCCCUGUUCAUGGUAACUGGGGUCUGUGGAGUAGUUGGGGCAGCUGCAGCAGGACAUGUAAUGGAGGACAGAUGAAGCGCUACAGAACAUGUGACAACCCCAGACCCGCCAAUGGGGGCAGAGCAUGUGCCGGGGCAGACUCACAGAUACAGAGGUGCAGCACAGCCACCUGCCCUGUGGAUGGUAACUGGGGAGCGUGGCAGCCCUGGGGAGAAUGCUCCGUCUCCUGUGCGGGCGGAGAGAGAACUCGAGUCAGACUCUGUAAUAACCCGUCGCCUAGCAACGAGGGCCGCCUCUGCCCAGGAGACUCCACCCAGGUGUCCAGGUGUAACGGCCAAACGUGUCCAGGCGGGCCUCAGAAGGCGAGAGGCAGCAUCAUAGGAAACAUUAACCAUGUGGAGUUUGGAAUUGCCAUCCUCAACGCCACCAUCUCUGACAACCAAUCAGGAGGCAGGGUUAUACACGCCACCAUCUCCAAUGUGCCCCGGAGCCUGGGCCCAGCUAUGAGGAAGCUGAUCUCCAUCCUGAACUCCAUCUAUUGGACGACGGCCCAGGAGCUAGGGGAGGCAGUGAACGGCUACUCUCUGACCAGAGGUGUGUUCAGGAGGGAGACGCAGGUGGAGUUCGCCACAGGUGAGAUCCUGAGGAUGACCCACGUGGCUCGGGGGCUGGACUCAGACGGAGCACUGCUAUUGGAUAUCGUGCUGAAUGGACACGUUCUGCAGCUGCCGUCUAAUGCUGACAUCAGCGUCAAGGACUACACAGAGGACUACAUUCAGACUGGUCCAGGUCAGCUGUAUGCUCUAUCCACCCGGAUGUUCAGUAUUGAUCGGGUCAGUGUGCCCUACUCCUGGAACCACACAAUCACCUACGACCCUGACAAGGGAAAGAUGCCCUACCUGGUGGAGACGCUCCAUGCCUCGGCCAUCAGCGCCCACUACCACCCCCUAGAGGAAGUCCUGGAAUACAAGCUCCACGCCACCAUCACCAAGGGUGAUCGUAGUAACCAGUGUCCCGUUGGCUUCAGGCUGGACUCUGCAGGACCCUACUGUGCAGAUGAGGAUGAGUGUAAGGAGAGGAGCCCUUGUUCUCAUGUCUGUCACAAUGCCAUGGGAACCUACUAUUGCUCAUGUCCCCGAGGACUCACCAUCUCAGCUGACGGCAGGACCUGUCAGGACAUUGAUGAGUGUUCUCUGGGUGGGCACAUGUGCCAUGACGGGCAGGACUGUGAGAACACCAUUGGCUCCUACCGCUGUGUGAUGCGCUGUGGGCGGGGCUUCAGAAGGACAGCCGAUGGACACAGUUGCCAAGAUAUUAAUGAGUGCCAGGAGUCUAACCCGUGCAACCAGCACUGUCUGAACACCAUCGGUAGCUACCGCUGUGCCUGUGAGCCCGGGUACCAACUCAGGAACCGCCGCUGUAUAGACAUAAAUGAGUGCAGACAGAGGGUGUGUCGUUCAGACCAGCAGUGUAAGAACAUGCGGGGAAGCUACACCUGUAUUGACCUUUGCCCUGCUGGCAUGACCAAAGGUGCCAACGGGACGUGUGUGGAUAUAGAUGAAUGCAGAGACGGGACCCACCAGUGCAGAUACAACCAGAUCUGUGAGAACAGCAGAGGGAGCUACCAUUGUACCUGCCCCAGGGGCUAUCGCUCUCAGGGUGUAGGACGCCCCUGUGUGGACAGUAAUGAGUGUGAGCAUGCGCCCCAGCCCUGCGCGCACCAGUGCCUCAACACCCCCGGCAGCUUCAAGUGUGUGUGCCCGCCAGGGCGCCACCUGCUUGGGGAUGGAAAGUCCUGCGCGGGGCUGGAGAAGCUGCCUCCCAGCUACCAGAGCUUCUCAUACGGCUACAGCUCCUCCCAGGACUCCCCUGAGCGGAGCGCCUUCCAGCGCCAGUACCACAGCCUGGCCUCUCAGAGCUACCCCUCCUACGCUGCCACAGGGGGGCGCUAUAGGCAGCGUAGACGCAGGGAGGCCCUGGCCUGUCCGCAGGGGUACGAGGCCAGGGGUGGCCGUUGCCUAGACAUCAACGAGUGUGAGGUGAGGGACACGUGCCAGCAUGAGUGUAUGAACACUCCAGGGAGCCAUAGGUGUCAGUGUCCGGCCGGCUACCGCCUCAUGACCAACGGAAAGACCUGCCAAGAUAUAGAUGAGUGUCUGGAGCAGAAUGUCCAGUGUGGGACCAACAGGAUGUGCUUUAACAUGAGAGGAAGUUACCAGUGUAUCGAUACACCCUGCCCACCUAACUACCAGAGAGACCCAGCAACAGGGUUCUGUCUGAAGAAAUGCCCUCCCAACGACCUGGAGUGUGCACUAAGCCCGUACGCACUGGAGUACAAGCUGCUGUCCCUCCCCUUUGGCAUUGCGGCCAAUCAGGACCUGAUCCGGCUGGUGGCGUACACGCAGGACGGCGUGGUGCACCCCCGUACCUCCUUCCUGGUGGUGGACGAGGACGUGACGUUACCCUUCGCACUGCGAGACGAAAACCUGAAAGGGGUGCUGUUCACAACCAGAGCCCUCCGAGAGCCCCACACCUUCAGGAUGAAGGUGCGCUCCCUGUCCUACAGCGCUGACGGAGGCAUCGAGUACCAGACCACCUUCAUCGUCUACAUCGCCGUCUCCGCCUACCCCUACUGAGAGCACUUUAAAACGACGGUGUAAAAGGGGGGGGGGG